AUGAGGAGAGCGACGCAUCUUGGAGUUCAACCGUGCCACCCCCUACAACCACUCGUGCACAACCACGCACAAGAAGAGUCACCCGCUCAUCCCGAACUUCAGACCUACAAUCAACCCAGAUCUCGCCUGAGGUCUCCCAACCCAGGCACAGGGACACAACGACGACGCCUUCCCCUUCGACACAUAGCCAGCCGACUCCCAACAGCAAAAGGCGUAGGCCAAGACGAAGAAAAACAACGAGAAGCCGCCCGAGCUUGGACUCUAGUAGCACUCCAAUACGUGAACUGCCGCAGGAGGCAACUACACCAGCUGCUCCGCCAGGUAGGCUCACUACACCUGAACCACCUACUAACUUUUCUGUGUCUAGCNCAUUUAAUUGUCACAUUUGACAAGCCAACAUUGCCAUCCUUCAUUACUGCAGGAUAUCUGCGCUGCCCCGUUCGUCCUUACAUUCCAAAUCCGCUGCAUUGCUUCAAAUGCCAGCGAUUUGGACACUUACAAAUAUCCUGCCGAGGCAAAAGUGUAUGUGCACAGUGUGGUAUAGCCAGCCGACUCCCGACAGCAAAAGGCGUAGGCCAAGACGAAGAAAAACAACAAGAAGCCGCCCGAGCUUGGACUCUAGUAGCGCUCCAAUACGUGAACUGCCGCAGGAGGCAACCACACCAGCUGUUCCGUCAGGUAGGCUCACUACACCUGAACCACCUACUAACUUUUCUGUGUCUAGCCCCCCAAGCUCCAACCACACUGCAACGUGCCCAGCCUCACCUGUCGUGCUCCAGUGCCAGCAAACUACCCAGGANAACGACGACGCCUUCCCCUUCGACACAUAGCCAGCCGACUCCCAACAGCAAAAGGCGUAGGCCAAGACGAAGAAAAACAACGAGAAGCCGCCCGAACUUGGACACUAGUAGCACUCCAAUACGUGAACUGCCGCAGGAGGCAACUACACCAGCUGCUCCGCCAGGUAGGCUCACCACACCUGAACCACCUACUAACUUUUCUGUGUCUAGCCCCCCAAGCCCCAACCACACUGCAACGUGCCCAGCCUCACCUGUCAUGAUCCAGUGCCAGCAAACUACCCAGGAGUCAUCACAUCAGGACCCGCCGCCUCUGCCACAACAAGAAGAUACUACAACGGAAGCAGAAGACGGCCCCCCACAAUGGGUAAUGGCUUGGGCCAACAGAUUUGAAGCUGCCCAGGAUGAGGACAUGUUAGAGGGUAUACUCUCUGACUUUGUCCACCUCGCCUACAACAUCUGCGACAUCCGAGGCCCACGCCGUGUGUAUAGGCCAAACGCCAACGGCACUCCACAUCAGCAACUCGGAGCCAGCGACAUACAGCGGCUAUAUCGAACUAAUCGAAAGAGAGCUUUUGACCUGAUCAUGGGAGGCGACUCAAGAUUCUGCCAGGUAGACACUGACAAAGUAUUCGAACAUUUCAGAUCCAUCAAUGAGUGCGACCCGCCCACGGAUGUCUCACCAGUUCCAGCUACGCCAGAUCCAGCCCCAGCCACGAACGACCCCCUCAACGUGCCUUUCACACCCAAAGAGGUGGCAACACGAAUUGCCAAGGGUCAUAACACGGCGCCCGGGCCAGACAAACUCAGAUACCUACACUGGCGCAGGAUCGACCCAAACGGCAUCAUCUUAGCAGCAAUCUUCAAUACCGUUCUCAGAAUCGGUUACAUCCCUGCAAGCUGGCGGGAAUCCACAACGGUAUUAAUCUUCAAAAAAGGAGACAGCAACGACCUACGCAACUGGAGACCUAUCUGCCUCUCCAACACCAUGGGUAAGUUAUACACUGCUUGCCUGGCAGAUAGGCUCCUCAGAUGGUGCCAGUCCAACGAUCGCAUAUCCAAAUCGCAGAAAGGCUUCCUGCAGUACCAGGGAUGUGUUGAACACAACUUCCUCCUGAAAACUAUAAUACAGGACGCCAGACGGGCCAGGAAGGAGUGCCACAUCGCCUGGCUGGAUAUUGCGAACGCCUUCGGAAGCAUCCCUCAUAGUGUCAUUUGGGAAUCCCUCAAAUGGCACGGACUGCACCAAGACGCCAUCUCCACGAUACAACGGCUAUACGACGGCGCCACAACGAGGGUCCGCACAAACACAGGUUUCACAGAGCCAAUCACCAUGAGAACUGGGGUAAGACAGGGGUGCCCAAUCAGCCCCCUACUUUUCAUAUUGACAGUCGAACCGGCCCUCCGCCGGCUUCAAUCCCUUGACAGAGGCUACGGUAUCCAUGGACACUCUGUGACUGCAUUGGCCUAUGCUGACGAUAUAGCUCUUGUCAGCAGCAGUAGUACAGGCCUGCAGGAACAACUAAACUCCAUCUCGGAAUGGGCGGAAUGGGCUGGCAUCCGCUUCAAUCAUACCAAGUGCGGCACCCUAGCAGUUUUAGGGAAACUCCAUUCCACAGGUUCUUACAGCUUCAACCUUGGCCAGACUGAACUCCCGAAACUUGGAAACGAAGAUGCCUACAAGCAUCUGGGCGUACCAACGGGUUUUGCACGCUGCGAUACGGAAACAGCCACAACAGAAGGGGUAAUUCGAGACAUAGGUAAGCUAGACGCAUCGCACCUUGCCCCAUGGCAAAAGGUCGAUGCACUAAACUCUCUCAUAAUGCCUCGACUCUCAUUCUGCCUCGCUACGGGAACUACACCCAAGAAAACCCUGGAUAAAAUAGACCGGAACCUAAAACGUUACGUCAGAAGGUGGCUUAGCCUCCCUCAGAGAGCGAGUGCGGAAAUCAUAUACCUCUCCUAUAAACAAGGAGGAACCAACGUCACGCCAGCAAGCACCCUAUCAGACAUAGCUCAGGUAUGUCAUGUCAUACAUCUCUUUCAUUCCAGUGAUGAGGACAUUGUCAGCAUUGCACUAGGUGCCCUUAAAGACGUCGUUACGGCAAGAAUGGGGAAAACACCGGACAACGAAGACCUAUGCAGAUACUUGGACGGAUCCAUGGAAGGGGACUUGGGUAACCCGUCCAAGGAUAUAACAUCUCUAUGGACCCGACUACGAAUGGCAACAAGACGCCUCAGGAAACGAAUUAACAUCACCUGGACCAUGGGACCUGCAGGCGUACCAACUAUAGCGGUAGGAAACCACUUCAUCCGCCCCAAGGGAUGCCAAGGUAUGCUUGUCGGCCUGCUCAAAAACCACCACCUACAGAAGCUGAUCGCCAAACCGGACCAAGGGAAAGCAUUCAGGACCACUGCCAUGCACGAGGUAAGUAACCACUUCCUCAGCAAUGGCCGCUAUACCCGUUUCUCCGACUGGCGAUUUAUUCACCGGGCAAGGUUAAGCGUCGUUGCACUGCGCGGCCACAAGCGAUUCGGCAACGAAUCGAAGGCCUGCCGCCGCUGUGGCUUUGCCCGUGAAACCCUCUCACACAUCCUGUGCCACUGCCCGCCGAACUUUCGGCUCAUCACCCAGCGGCACAACGCCAUCUUAAACAGACUUGUUGCGGCGUUCCAACCGAGAGGGGCCACCGUUCUUGUCAACAAACGAGUUCCAGGUUUCCAGGAGAACUGCCGUCCGGACUUAACCAUCCUGCACGAAGAAUCCAAGACGGCCACGGUAAUCGAUGUCACCCUGCCAUUCGAGAAUGGGCCGCAAGCCUUCGACGCUGCAAGAGACGAGAAAGAGAGGAAGUACUACAACCUCGUCCAACACCUUCGCAGUAGAGGCUACGAAACUCACUUCGGCACAUUCAUCAUUGGAGCUCUUGGCAGCUACGACGCCCUCAACGAAGCUACACUACAACGCCUGGGCAUCGGACGCCGAUACUCCAACAUGAUGAAGAAAUUAAUGGUGAGUGAUGCCAUCAGGUGGAGUAACGACAUAUAUCGUCAACAUCUGGGUGAUUGCUCCAACCGCCUCACACACACCACUCGCCCNCUUCAAUGA